AUGGAUAUCGUUAACUUUACAUAUUUUAUACUAGAGGGACACAUGGAUUUACAAAACUACAGAUAUGUUUAUUUUAUAUUGAUUCUUACUGUGUACAUACUGAUCAUUGUAUUUAAUACUGUUGUAAUUUUUGUAAUAUUCAUGAACAAAUGUCUCCAUGAGCCCAUGUACAUUUUCAUUGCUGCAUUGCUUUGUAAUGCUCUCUUUGGUGCAACCACUGUUUAUCCCAAACUGCUUACUGAUUUACUUGCUGAAAAACAAAUUGUUUCUUACCAUGGCUGUUUAUUUCAGGCUUUAUUUGUUUACUGGUAUGCUGCUACUGAGUUCACAUUGUUAUCGGCUAUGGCCUAUGAUAGAUAUGUGUCCAUCUGUAAACCAUUACAUUAUGCAACUCUUGUAAAAAUGUCCACUGUGAAAAAAAUCAUAUUUUUAUCAUGGUUUUUGCCUUGUUGUGAACUUAGUGUUACAUUGAUAUCACUGUACCAACUUCAGCUGUGUAAAUUUAAACUAAACAGAAUAUACUGUGAUAGUUACUCCAUUCGUAAUUUAGCUUGUAAAGAAAUGUCUCCAACCAGCUCCUAUGGACUUUUUAUUUUCUGCAUUGCUGUAUUUCCCCCAGUGAUCUUCAUAAUGUACUCAUAUAUCAGGAUACUUUCUGUGUGCUUAAAGAAUUCUAAAGAUUUUAGAAGAAAAGCUCUACAAACCUGUUUGCCACAUCUCCUCAUUUUAAUGAACUUUUCUGUCAAUAUUUGUUUUGAAGUUAUAAAUAACAGACUUCAAUCAAAUCAAAUUCCCCAUAUUAUUGCCAUAAUACUUUCAGUUGAUUUUUUGCUAAUUCCUCCUUUAUUAAAUCCCAUAAUAUAUGGAAUAAACUUGCAGGCAAUUUUAAAAAGUAUCAAAAGAUUAAUUUCAUGGAAAAAGAAGUCUGGACUGCAGCUGCUGGUGAUCGAGCUGGGCUGGCUCGCCUUUAGUUCUUGGGAGUGA